CCGCCAAUUCCGACUCAGGAGCGCGAGGCAGGCGGCGGGGUAAACCAGGGCAAAUAGACUAUGCGGAAAGUAGUUCAGCAAUGUUUUCUUUUAGGAAUUAAAUUAUAAGUACAUGUCGUGUAAAUAGAGACGAGAACUCGGUUCGUUAUCGGAGGCGUUAUUUGGUGUUAACGUAAAUUGCACUGGUGUGUUAAAUUGUUUAGCCGUAGAAAGUCACGAACGAGAGGAGCCCCGGGUUAGUGGUUGGGAUGUUGGCGGCGGAAAAUCCAUCUGUGGACGGACAUUUGGCAGCAUCGACUCCUCACAGAAGAGGCAUGGACUGUAAGACAAGAAACAAUGCAAGCAAGAAACUAAUCCAGGCUCGUCUACCUUUUAAGCGCCUGAACCCUGAACCUAAAGAGAACCAACCGCCUAAGCGCCCCUGCACUUAUGCCUGCCCUGGAUCUGAAAUCCCAGAAAAGCAGAAUGAGAGUGAGUCUUCCCCUCUUAUUGAGCGCAGUGGACCCCCUUUAGUUAAUGGUCGCGGUCCACUUGAUGGCUUUUUGAGCCGCAGACGACCCGCAUCUUCAAAUGAGAAAGUGGUCAUUGAUUUAACUGAGGACAAGUCUUCAUGCCCUGUAAAGUGCCUUGCUUCACCUGCUCCUGCGUCGUCCUGUCUUUCAACAAAAGACAAAAAUCGCUGCAAUAACAAAACUGCCUCUGAGAAACCCAGCAGUGUUGAUGACACUCCAAAAACAUGCACUGUAGACCUUGUGAAUACUGAUGAAGAAGUGGAAGAAAGCGAUCACACAGCAUCUAUCUCGCAGCUUGACAUGACGCAGGAUUCUGACAAUGAGCCAGAAGAGCAGAAUGAGUCAGGAAAUGUUUCCAGUUUGGGAAACCAGUCCAUGCAGUCGGCUUCACCAGUCAGCUCCAUGUCUGAAAGCUCACCAGAAAAGACCAAGACUGGCGACCCCACACCCACCACUACACCUACAGAGCCAAAGACCACCCCUAAGGUACCAGCAGAUCAGAAAAAGGUUAAAAGACGCUCAUUGAAGACUUUACAAGUGCAAGAGGAGAGGAUUCAAAUGCGACAGGAGAAAGAGCGCCAGAAGGAGGAGGAGAAAGCUGCAAAGCAGAAAAAGAAAGAAGAAGCUCGCAAACUCAAGGAGGAGCGAGAAAGGGAAAAGCGAGAGAAAAAGGAAAAAGAUGAGCAAGAGAAGCGUGAAAAAAAGGAGAAGGAAGAGAGGGAAAAGGCUGAGAGGCUAAAAGCAAAAGAAGAGCUGCGUAAAUCUAAGCAAGAGGCAAAGCUUGAAGAAAAAAGGAAGAAAGAGGAGGAGAAGCGAAUGAAAGAAGAGGAGAAACGGUUGAAAGAAGAAAAAGAUCGUCUCAAAGCAGUGAAAGCAGAAAUAACACGAUUUCUACAGAAACCCAAGACUCAGCAGGCUCCUAAGACACUUGCAGCUGCAUGUGGGAAGUUUGCACCAUUUGAGAUAAAAGAAAACAUGUGUUUAGCACCACUGUGUCGGGUUCAGUGUGAGGACUCUGUUCUAGAGGAGCUGGACCGGUGUUUGUUGAAUCCUGCUGAAAACCUGAAUGGACUGAAAGAUUGGAUUGGACAAAAACCAAGACAUUCAGGACCCACUAAACCCAGACAGACUGACUCACUCAGGGAAUGUGUAAUAGUGGGGGAGCCAAAACCAGAUGGUGUACCAGAUCGUCGACGCUACGGACACAUGAAGCUGCUGCACUUCCAUGAGAACUACCGUCCAGCGUACUGGGGCACCUGGUGUAAAAAGAGUUCACAUAUCUCACCUCGCUGUCCUCUCAGACAAGACAAGGAUUUGCUUGACUAUGAUGUGGACAGUGAUGAAGAAUGGGAGGAAGAGGAACCAGGGGAAUCCUUGUCUCACAGCGAAGGGGAGGAUGAAGAAGAAGGAGGUGAUGAUGACGACGAUGAUGAUGACGGCUUCUUUGUUCCUCAUGGCUACCUCUCAGAUGAUGAAGGUGCAAUAGAAGAUGAGGAUGGUGGCGACCUGGAGAAGCAAAAGCUGCGUCAGAAACUCAAAGCAAGGGAGUGGGAUGAGCUGAUGGCCACCAAGAAGAAGAUGAAGGUGCUGGAACCUGUGGUGAAAGGCUGUUUUUGGGAGGGACAGGGACUUUGUUCUGAUCCCUUCCAGCCUUUUGCUGUUUGUCUGGUUGAGCCUUUACCCAAGGUGGACAAAAGCCCGAGUCCAGAGGAGCUGUCCAGGAGGGAUCAGAAGGAAGCGCAGUUGCUCGGACAGCUGCUGCUUCUACUACAUGGCAAUUCCAACAGCAGCAAAGUGAUCAUCAGUGAGUUUCAAGAGUUUUGUCGUCAGCGGAGCUCCUCAUCACCAGCUCCUGAUCUAUCCAGCCCUCAGAGCCCACCAGAGAACAUUCCCACCAGAAUACAGCUAAAACGCCUCAUCAAGAAUAAUGCUGUUUAUGAGAAACGCUCAACCUACAAACGAUGCUGCUGGUACGUGCACACAGAGGUCCUGUCCCGUUUUGGACAGGAAGCUCUCCCAGUUCCUUGCCAGUGGACCUACCUCACCACAGGGGCUCGAGAAGAGUCCCGUGAAGAACUCCAGGCAGCCACGGGCUCUCAGGGAAACUCUCCCACUACAUCCCAAACCUCCACCACACCAUCAUCCUCCAACAAGAGGAAGAGCACCGGCAGCAUGUCCAUCACCAAGUUCAUGAAGAGAUGUACUAAUUCUGAUCAGAUUGAAGCAACAGAGGCUGACGGUUUCCAAGCUGACACAGAGGAUGAUUACGAUGAAGAUUGUGUCGUUGUCUCCACUCAGAGUGGUUCCAAAAGAGAGAAGAAUUGCAGCAAGGGAGAAUCUGUGAUGGAUGUCUCUCCUAAAGCAGCUCCCCCUGUGGCCAGCGCUGCUACAUCCACCACUGUUUGAAGACUGGACAGGCUGUAAUCCCAAACCCAAUAACCCUCAUUAAUUCCCUCAUCCUGCUUCUUACUCUGUCUCCAAGAAAGAACAAAGCCUUCAAUAAAGGUGGCUGACACUGCAUCAGACAGCAGGUGACGUCUGCCCAGUCAUGGCCAUUUUCCUGGUUAGUGUUGUGUAAAAUCAAAGCAGCAGUCUUGAUUAUUGGUGCUCAUUAUGUUCAGUCUUUAACUAUGAUUGAUAUUUGUUUCCAGUUUCCAGACAGGCAUGUUUAUUAUGGACAUUUUUGAAAUGUGAGGCAAGCAUCUUUGAUACUGAUGCAGACUGGGUUGGACAGAGAGGGAGAACAGAGGUGACUAAUUUUUAUGAAAAGCAUUCAAGACAUCAAGACUACCAAUAUUUACGGAUUUAGAAAUGUUAAAUUCAUGAAUUUAUUGGUUUUCUUCAGGUCCAUUUGUAUAUAAUUAACCAAAAAGUAGUGGAGGGAAAUGAGAGGCUUAAAGUACAUCUGUAAAUUUAAAUGUCAUUUUUUUGGGGGGUCAUUUAUCCUGACAUUUAUAUUUCAGACAACUCACCGAGUAGCUGCAAGACCUGAACUUGUACAGUUAGAAACAGUGUUGGUGUUUUAUAAAUAUGUAUUUUUCAAGAAUACUUGAACAGGAUAAAUUCGUUAAACAUAAUAAAAAGUACUGCACCUUU